AGUCUUCAUAGGUUCCAUUUGGAAAAAAGGUUCCCGUGCUACUUGUAUAUAGGCCGUUUUCGCUUAUACUGUGUCCGCCGCUGUGGUGCAGCAUCUCGCAGGAUUCGUUUAGCUUUAAUAACACAGCCAGCAGACUAAACCGCGUUCAGCAUGGGCAACCCCAAAGUCUACUUUGACAUCACUAUCGAUGGCAACAGUGCAGGAAGAAUUGUGAUGGAGUUGAGAGCUGAUGUUGUCCCACGUACUGCAGAGAACUUCCGGGCCCUGUGCACUGGCGAGAAGGGCUUCGGUUACAAGGGUUCCAGCUUCCACCGUGUCAUUCCAAGCUUCAUGUGCCAGGGUGGCGAUUUCACCAACCACAAUGGCACUGGAGGCAAGUCUAUCUACGGCGAGAAGUUUGCUGAUGAAAACUUCACCCUGAAGCACAUGGGCAUGGGCACUCUGUCCAUGGCCAACGCAGGGCCCAACACCAACGGCUCCCAGUUCUUCAUUUGCACGGCUGAUACCGCUUGGUUGGAUGGCAAGCACGUUGUGUUUGGGAAUGUCGUUGAGGGGAUCGAUGUCAUUAAGAUUAUCGAACGCAAAGGAAGCAGCAGUGGAAAAUGCUCUGCUAAGAUCCUCAUUGCCGACUGUGGGCAGCUUUGAAGACUGCUGCUGCUAGAUCCCAUCAUGCACCGCUGCCACUAGAUCCCAUCUUGCACCCCCUGCCUUUUUUUUUUUUUUUUUUUUUUUUUUUUUUUUUUUUUUUUAUUUCUUUAAGCCAUUCCUCUCCUUGAAGUACUUGUUCCAUGUAUCUUGGCCUUGUUUUAUGUAUUAUAAAUAAUCACUUCAUCAACAAAGUAUUCUCAAAAGAUUUUUUUUUAGAAGGUUGUCUCCAAGUAGAUGACUAUUCAUGAAUUCAAGUGGUUUAGAAUUCUCAAGGCCUUCAAACCAUGAAACGUCCUUCCAAUCUAUAUCAUGGAACGGAGAUUAUUAAAAUCUUUUCUGAUUUCAGGUGAAA